AUGUACCAUAAAUUUAUAUUUGAUUAUUGCCUAAUUUUCUCAAAGUGUAUGUGGAUUCACAUGGUCCUACUGGAUUUUCCACGGAUAUUUAUUAAAUAUGGAAAGCGAGAAAUUGCUAGAAGGAACUAUGUCAUCUUGUGCGCCGGUGAAGAAGAGCUUCCGUGUCACAAAGCAGUACUAGCUGCUAGUUCAGCAUACUUCUUGGCAAUGUUUUCAUCUCCUUAUAAGGAACAACAAACAUCCCGAGUUACCCUAGAUCAUAUAUCACCUUGGGCACUUCGCCGACUCCUUGACUUUGUUUACCUUGGAAUUUUGGAAAUAACCGAGGCUACAGUACAGGAUGUCUUUCUAGCUGCUAGCUUACUUGAUUACCCGGUAGCUGUUAAAGCUUGCGUCGAGUUCAUGAAAAGUCAUUUGGAUAUAACAAAUUGUUUAGGCAUUGAAGCACUGGCUGAAAUGCAUAAUCUUGCAGAUUUAGCUCAAUCAUCGCAUAAGUUAGCUGUGGAGAACUUCUCAAGCUUACUACUGGAGUCGAGUGAAUGGGUCACUCUACCUAUUUCAACUGUGAUUUCAUAUAUUUCUUCAGAUGAAUUAGAUGUACCUUCUGAACAGUUCGUUUGGGAUGCUUGUAUUAGUUGGAUUGAUCAAGUAUCUGAGACGCGGAUUGCUUAUUUACCUCAACUGCUGUCACACAUUCGUUUGAAGUAUUUGGAAAAAGAAAUGCUGGAAGUUCAAUUACAAAAAAACCCUUUGAUUUUGGAAUGCAAGAUUGCUCAGAAAGUUAUCAAAUAUUUUCUUCAUGGAGAUGUCUGUAAAAAUGAUGAUAAUAUUGGUGCAUUUAUCAACAAUUUACCUCCUCGUCCUGCAACACUUAAGCGUCCUACAUUGGUUGUUUUAGGUGGUUUAAAUACAUGCAUUUUAAAUUGUAUGCAGUCAUUUUCUCCGUCCAGAACAGCUUGGCAAACUUGUCCUCCUAUGCCAGUGGACAGUCUCGCAUGGUUUUCUGUUUCUGUCAUUGCAAACACUCUAUUUGUAAUUGGUGGAAUUAAGGCAGGCACAAUCAUGGAUACGGUCUAUACGUACUCACCGGUUCGAUCCACUUGGAGUCAACGAAAGUGUAUGUUACAGGCUAGAGCUAGGCAUUCUUCUGUUGCUGUUGGUAGUCGGUAUAUUUUUGUAUUUGGUGGUGUUACAAUGUCUAGAAAUUCUGAUUACCAACAACUCUCAGCAGAUGGUGUUAUUAUCAAUCAUUUUCAAGAAACAGAUUCCUUUGCGAAUAGACUGAAUCACAAUUCUUCUUCACAACUCUCGUCAUACAAUCCAAAUCUCCCGGUAACUGAAUUGGACAUUCCCACUUUAAAGUUUGAAAAGUCUAUCAUCCGAUAUGACAUAUGCAGUGAUACUUGGAUCACUGUUGGGGAAACAGAAAAUCCGAGAUUAGAAUCUCAUGUUGUAUUAGUCAAUGAAUCAAAUGAUAAUUCCAGUUCCUCUCUACAAUCAUCUGACUUCGUGUAUGAAAUGGAUACUGAUCAACACAAUUCUUCCCACUCAGAUAUAUCAGAAACACUGAUUUCAGAAAGUAACACCAACAACAAUACUAAUCAGAUUAAUAAAACAAACAGAAGAAAUAACUCCACAAAUGUCAAUAUGGAACGUGUUUUCGUUGAAAUUGGUGGAAUUACUGAGUUACAGCCACAUGGAACUGAUCAAGUUGCUUUUUAUCGUUUACGUCCAGACUAUACUGUUUUCUGUACGGCUGAUUACAUUAAACUACCACAACAAGUUCGUUAUGUGAACUGCAGUGUACAUCAUGACACUAACCUACUUUAUAUAUUUUGGGAGUCAACAAGUGAACUAUCAGUCCUAGAUCUUCGUCGUCAUACACUUCGCCCGUUGGCGCGCUUACUGUCUUCUUCAACUUCUUCAAAUGAAGCACGAAUUCAUGCCGGACUAACAUGGAUUGGAGAAUUUUUAUAUGUUGUUGGAGGAUUUAGCCAGUUUGUUGGUGAUCACCGACGUCCUACUGCUCCAAGAGAUGAUAUUCAUUGUUACGAUCCAGCUUUGAACACUUGGUCGCGUAUAAAAGUAUCAAAUACAACAGUCCCUCGAGCUAUCUUUGGGUGUGUUUGCCUCAAUAUGUGA